CCCCAUUAAGAGCCAGCGAGAGAGAGAGAGAGAGCGCGAGAGCUUUGGAGUUCAACAAUGGCCGCUUCAAUGGCGCCGCCGACCACCACCUCCUGCCGCUACCGGCACCCGAGCCGCCUCGCCGGAACCGACCUCCGCCGCCGCAGCAGCAGCAGGGCGUCCUUCCCCCGCAUCGCUCUCUCUCACGGCCAGGACGACGAACCAGCGACGCCGCCGCCCCCGCCCCUCCCUCGCAGGGAAAUCAUACUGAGGAGCAGCGAAUUGGCGGUGGUCGGAGCCGUGUUCCAGUUCAGUGGGAAGAAGCCGGAGUAUCUGGGAGUGCAGAAGAGCAUGCCGGGUCUGGCUCUGUGUCCGGCCACCAAGAACUGCCUUUCCACUUCCGAGAACAUCGCCGAUCUCAACCACUACGCCCCGCCUUGGAACUACAACCCCGAAGGAGGUCGCGGCCGGAAAAACCCUGUGAGUAGAGAAGUGGCCAAAGAGGAACUUAUAGAAGUGAUAAAAUCAUUAAAGCCGGAUAAGUUUACGCCGCGGAUAGUCGAAAACAAGGACGACUACCUUCGAGUGGAAUAUGAAAGCCCAAUACUCGGGUUUGUAGAUGACGUCGAGUUUUGGUUCCCACCGGGAAAGAACUCAAUUGUAGAGUACCGAUCGGCAUCAAGACGGGGAAACUUUGACUUUGAUAUCAAUAGAAAGAGAAUUAAGGCUUUACGUUUAGAGCUGGAGAAGAAGGGAUGGGCAUCGCAAGACAGCUUCUGAAGAGGACAUUCGUUUCUUGCAUUGGCUUUCGACUAACAUACCCAGGAAAAGUCGGCCGCCAUUCUCGGUCACAACUUCGAGCGGGAAUUGGAAGCUAAUUCGAAUGACUAUCUCUUAUUCUUCGAGGGGUUUCCAAGAUUACCAACCCUGUAGCCUAAUCUCUUGCUUCGGCUUCAAAACCACAUUGUAUCUGCGAAUCCUUUCAGCUUUUGAAUAUCAGCAUGUAUAAGUAAAUAAUGAUAUAUUUCCUACUAA